UGCGCAAACGCGCCUAGGUGGCAGCGAGAGGGAAGCAAAUCUCGCGACGCGCCUUAAGGGCGCAUUUUCACGAGUGAAAGCAUUAAUGUUGUGCACUUCGCCCUUGCCAUGGACGCCAUGCUAUGGAUAUCAUUUAUCGAGGCACCACCGUGGUGAACGGUCGGGUCAGUUCGUUCCUUCCCCCGUCGCGCCGUUUACGUAUUACGUACGCGCGUCUGCAUCCGUCUUGAGCGACGAAUUGCAUAUUCCUGGCCGCGAUCGCGUCUCGCCCGCCUAGUUGAAAGCCGUCGAGCUACCGAGUGACGAAUUCACACUGCGCGCUGACCUGACACGUCGCGAUCGGCAUUCACGCACCGUACGCAAAUUCAUAUUCGGACUCGUUCGAGUAUAACCUAAAAACCGUCGUGAAUGUUGGUAGUUCCCGCGGACCCGACGGCCUCCACCUCCUCUUCCUCGUUCCGUAACCGAUCGCACCUGCGAAGCCGCGCGAGAUCACGGCGCGUUGUCAAGUUGCACGCGGUCGCCGCGUAAAAGCGUCGCGGACGUAAGCGGAUACGCGCGCAGCGGCACAGCUGCACACGUCGCUCCUGUGUCACGGGCAUAAGGACAUAUUUUUUCGACGUCAAACAGUUACCGGGAAAGUAGUCAAAAUUCCGGUCCCCACUAGGAAACGAGAAGGCCCCCAACAAACCGGCGGCAGGAACCCACCGUUCACUGGCGAAGAACCGUCGUCGGCGGGCAGAAUGAACAGCAAGAGGAAGAAUCGUUCCAACAACAACAGAUCUCCGCGAGCUCGUGGCCCACAGGAGAGAUGCGUCGCAGCAGAGGGAGUAUACAAUAAUGCUCAUUUCAUGCAUGCCAUCACUAGCCAUGUUGGCAAUACAGUACAGAUUCAAACACAAAAUGGCUCAGUAUAUGAAGGUAUCUUUAGGACGUUUUCCAGUCAGUUUGAUGUAGUACUGGAGAUGGCCCAUCGUGUAGACAGUUCGGGCAAAAUAAGUGUAGAUAGCGUAGUUGAGAAAUUAAUUUUUAAACCGCAAGACAUUGUCACCAUGUCAGCGAAGAAUGUGGACCUGGAUUAUGCCAUAAGAGAUACUUUCCAAACGGACACAGCUAUUAGUAAAUUCAAUGGCUUAAUCGGUGAGAAAGAACUGGAGCCUUGGGAUGCUCCGAGCACUAUGAACGGGGCUGACCUAGAACUGGACGGUGCCGCUAAUGGUUGGGACGUUAACGAAAUGUUCCGCAAAAACGAGCAGGAUUACGGGGUCCAAACGACGUUUGAACCUUCUUUAGUUGGUUAUACGCUUCAGCUCCAGCGCAAAGAUACGAAGGACUACAAGGAGCAGGAGCAAAAGGCAGCUGAAAUAGCAAAUGAGAUUGAGUCUCAGCCCAAUCAUAGAGCUAGGUUAGAAAUGGAGAACGGUGACGAAGAGGAGAGAUUCGCAGCUGUGGCAAGACCUACCGAAGGAAAAUAUGUGCCGCCGCCGUUGAAGAAGAAGAGCGGCAACACCGGCAAAUUAAUGAGGUCUAACGAACCCCCGUCUUCGCCAGGGACUACGAACGAUAAGAAUGUCUACAGCCAACCGUCUUCGUCCGCGGUUAGCGUUCCACAGUCGAAUAUACCGGUCGGAAUACAAUCCGCUCAUGCGUCGGUACAACAUCCGGUAUCCUUGAACAUGGGCAUGCCGCCUAGCGGAGUGGUUGUUACGUAUAAUAAUCCACCGCCGCCGUUUGUACCUCCACCGACCACACAAUCGCAGCAAGGGAUUCAGCAGAACCAAGCGCAACCACCUUCUAUGCCGCAAGUGGGCUUCCCGCCGCAACAACAACAAACCCCCUCGAGUAAGAUAAAUACGGAGAAACGUGAACGUCCCGGGAGGCAACAGGUCUAUCAAGCCGAUAAAGCACCGCCAGCUCCGUUCCCUCAGUCUAACGUUGCGUCUUCGCAUCAGCAACAACAGUCUUCUCAUCAACAGCACACGUCGCAACAGAAUUCCGUGGAGGGACAGCGAUGCGAAAUAGUGACGCAUAAAUCGGAUCACAGGAAGGUUUCGACACCACGCGGCAGAGACGAGCAGCAUUCAGAGCUGAGACAGUUCGCCACGGAGUUCAAGUUGGCGGAGUCGCAAGGGCCUCCUGACACCCCGCAAAUCUCCAGGAAACAGCAGCAUCAGCAGGAGGUACAUUCCGCUACUCAGACUCAUCAUCAACAUACGAGUCCGCAGCAGCAACCGCCGACGCACAGUAGUUCUCACCAGCAACAUCAGGCUGUAGCGGAGGAGCCAGUGGUUACCAGUAAGCCGCCACCUGGCCCAGUAAGAUCUACGAGCCCGCCGCAGCAGUCGCAGCAACAGCCGCCGCCACCGCAAACGAACACGCAGACCGUGGUGCAGCAGUCGCCACCGGAAGCCGGAGUCGACAAGAUAACUAACGCUUUCAAGAAGUCAACUUUAAAUCCCAACGCUAAAGAAUUUAAUCCAAACGCGAAGCCGUUCACACCGAGGUCCCCGAGCACACCGACGCCUAGUCGACCGCAUACACCUCAGACUCCGCAGUAUACAGGAGCGACUAUACCGGCGACUAUGGUCAUGCCCGUGUAUGCGAUGACUAAUCAACCACCGCCGGCUUUCAACCAACCUCCUGCCCAACAAGUGACGAGGUUCCGAAAGGUGCAAAUGAUGCCACAUCGCGCGCCAGAUAUAACAUCGCAGAUGCAGGUGGCCGCUGCAACGGGACAGCCGUUACUGGCGCCGGCUCCGUUGCACCCUCCAUUCCAGGUGCCUUAUCCGGGACAACCGACGUACCAGCAAAUGGUGCGCAUGGUCCAGACACCGGCGCCGCCACCGCACAUGGCCACGCCGUAUCAUCACCAUCAUGAUUCGCAGGGACCGCAAGCCCCCGGUAUUCAAUACAUGGGCCCGCACACUCAUCCGCACCCUCACGUCGCGCAACAGCCACCUAGCCAAACACCGUCCCCGGCCAAUCCCAAUCAACCACACACGCCGGGCGCUUAUAAUCCACCCGGCACUCCACAGCCCACGUACCCACAACCACCACCUCAGGGUCACGCUCCGAGUUAUCCAAUCAUGUGCCCCAUUAUUCCGCCCCAUAUUCCGAUCCCGCCACAGCACAUGCAAUACCUGCCGCCACAGCCGCCCCCGGGAGCGCAGCAAACUAUACCAGUCAUUCUGCCACAUAAUCAGUAGCUGCAACAUGAAUUAAUCGAAGAGAAAGAAGAUCGCUAGUAUUCUGCUGAGAUAGAGAAUAAAACUUUCGAAAUUGAGUUACUUUCAUGAUGACGCGAGAAUUGCCCGAAAGAAAGAUUCACCAUGAUCCACCAGUGGCCUCUUGGAGGGAUUCAUUCGUAUUGCCGCUAGUCGGCGUCACCAUUCAAACGGCAGCCAAUUACCAAUCUUCUAUAUCGAUAAGCGAUCUGAAAUUGUCUUGUUUACUUUGUGUUACAGCGAGAGGACAAAAGAACAAUUUAUAUACUGAGCUAGUUAGUCGGUACAAAACGAUGAUACGCCGCAUGAUGUUUUAAAAAAAUGGUUUUAACCUACUGUUGCAAUCAUGAAAGUAACUUACCCCUUCACAUGUAGGUCGAUUAACGAAAGGAUGACCUAUGCUUGUAUUAUUGAGUCGUUCAAAAAUUUGACCAUUGAUUGUUUCAAUCAAAUUUUAAGAUUGCGAAACGAUUGUUUAACAUCACGCCAUUCCCUGUAAAACUUCCGCAAGUUUAUUUUUAUCGGAUUAAUAUGCCAGAUGCAGAAAGAAAUUGAUCUGAGGUUUCUUUUAUAUCGUGCAUUUUUAUUGCGUAGUGCCUAAUAUAUUGGAGGAUACAGGAGAGUACGCUCGUUUAAUACAUAGAUUUUAAAUUCAAAAGGUUUCAAUAUUACCUCAACAAACGUAGUUCGCACUACUUCGACGACGCAUGUACCUUCAAGAAAGGAAAACAAAUUCCAAAUAUUACGCUGAGAUUUCCGAGCGGUCACGCGAAUGUUUUUCUUUCCUUUCUCUUUCCUUUUAUACGCGAAAUAAUUAUCGAAAUUACGUAAAGAUAGAGUAUAUAUAUAUAUAUGGAAGUAUAUGGCAUAUUUUUCUGCUCGCGCUUUCAUACGCGAUAAUUCCACUUGCAAAGAAGAACGAGACGAGUACGCAAAAAGAAAAAAAAAUGAAAAAGAGAAAAGGAAAAAAAGAGAAGACUUUUUGAAAGUCGCAACUUCUGAUCAGAUCCGAAACGAGCGAUAAUAAACGAAGUUGGAGCGCGGCUGCAGGGUAACACUAGCGGAGUACGCGAUUCUGCGGUUUGUUGAUAAUGAGUUUUGUUACGAGAUGUUGAUACGCGCAGGAUCCCCGAAUGUGAAUGACUACGCCGAGCAUGCGAUACGACAUCUGCAUCCCGAUAAACCACGCUAUUGUUAAAAAAUGGUGCUGAUACUGUCGCGAACAGUAAGCAUCUAAGAGGUACAAAAUUCGCAUAUCUAAACACAUGUGAACUCCGACUGAUCAUUUUCAAAAAGGAAAGAAAUAAAAGGAACGAUUGUUAACAAUAUUUUGCCCCAGUUGGCUUGAUACAAUCUAUGUUCUUGCUGUGUGUAUUUCAUAUAAUGUUCCAACACAAUAAAUACCGAGUGAAAUGAGAGUUGCAUCGUUAGGGAGACGAUGUUGUUUGAAAUCACACUGUGACGAUGCGUAAAAGCAUAUUCUGCAGAGUGUUGAAAAAAUCUGGAGCCAAACUUCGGGAAUUUCUAGUGUCAAUACACACGGUGCAUCGAGUAUAAAAUUUCAAGUGCAAGUGGCUGCAACGAGUCAUUAAUAUCUACAUUCUCACAUUGCUCUAAAUAUCUUACUCAGGACAAUCGGCGUAUCAGCAGCAAAUGAUUGCACUAUUCAUUGCUAUUGCAGGAUUCUAUAGAAAAAUAGUUACUCGGUCAAAUCAGUCUUGCGAAACAACUGUCACUGUACUUCUUUUUCAACGAUAGUGAAACAAAGAUGAGAGAAAUCGCAUUUCCCUUCAACGUUGUGUGGUCUAACGUAGAAUAGUGAUUGAUAAGAUACUUAGUGAUCAAAGGCAACGCCCUAAAGUAUUUACUAAACUAGAAUUUUAAUCAACAUAAUCUUAACAGACGCAAUUUUCCUUCGGAUAUUUAAACUAUUUAUUUAUUUUUUAAUUGGAAGCCAGUAAAAAGUGUAACUUAUAUUGAACGUAAAUACAUUUUCUAUCGAGUGCAUAUGUAUACGUAUAUAUACAUAUAUGUUAAUAAAUAUAUGUACAUAUAUAUAUGUAUAUUUACAAAUAUUAUCUUGCGGUUUAAAAAAUUAAUUUCUAUAUUGAUCGUUUACGAGUUCUGCUUCUUUGACGUAGUACCGAAAAUGACACAUCGUGUGGACAGUUUGGACGAAGUAAGUGGAGAGAUAGCUUAGCCGAAAAAUUAAUUUUUAAGCCGCAAGAAAUCGUUACCGUGUCUGCGAAGAAUGUGCACUUGGAUUACGUAAUAAGAGAUACUUUUUAAACGGAUACAGCCACUAGUAAAUUUAAUAACUUAAAUCGGCGAGAAGGAGCCUUGGGAUGCCUCAAGUACUAUGAACGGGGCUGAUUUAGAGCUGGAUGGUGCUGCUGUAAGUCUACAAACUUAUUGCACACGAAGAUCUGGUAAAUAUUCAAUUAUAUGUGAAGUUAUUUACUUUCAGAAUAUAGUUGGGACGUUAAUGAAAUAUUCACAAAAACAAACAGGAUUAUAGGGGUUUAGUCGACGUUUUGAACUCUCCUUGCACCCUUCGACUGAAUGAGAAGCCGAAAUCGCAAGUGAGAUCAAAUCUCACCUGAAUCAUAGGGCUUAGGGAUGGAAAAUGUCAACGUGGAAGAAAGAUUUGCAGCUGUGGUACGCAAGCUUCUUUGGUACGUCAAGACUUUGCCUUUGGCCACUGAAUAUCUUGUCAAUCACUACUUGAACUGAGAUAGGAUUCAAUGGAGGAAAAAAUAUCUUACUAUCGUGUUUUAACGAAGAAGAGGGCGAAAAAUAUUAGCGAACUUAUCAGAUAGUCACGAUAGACCAUCCUUUCCUUCCUCUUUGGACGAAAUACAAUAAUGAUGAUCGGAAUCUGCUUAAAUAUCUUCAGAAUUUAUUUUAAUAUCCAGAGUCCUUGAAUAUGUAGGAAUGCCGUUUUAUAAAUAAUGACGUAGAAUAAUCCGCCGAUAUCCGUUUUCCAGUUUGGUCUCCUCUUUUUUUAACGCCCUGUAUUUCCAAAAUUUUUAGAUAAUAUAUGAUAUUACAUAUGCGUUACAGCUUUGUUAUUAUAUAAAUCCAAAUUAUAAAUAUUUCUAUAUUUUUGUGUUGCACAACUUUUUGUUAAAACAUCGAUUUUUGUUAAUUGUUUGUAUGUAAAUUAUGCAUGAUUUCUUUGCUGAUGAAGACCAAUUCUUCUCGACUCAGACAUGAAAAGCAUAUUAACGUACGAUUUGACAAAUGCGCGAAAAUUGGCGCGAUGCGCUUGAUUUCUUGACGUUAAUUAUGUACCUCUUAUUAAUAAAGUGCAGGUGCUCGAUGUCGUUGAGAAAAGAAAGUUAAACAACUACGGCCUUAGACCUAGUCGUGUAUAUAAACAGGCGGAAGCGAAAACGACCUUUGUCUGAGAGAGGUAGUUGAGUGUGUGAGGCAUCGUUAGACAAAUUUUAUAUCGAAGAGAUUUAAAAAAAAAACAUCAAAAAAUAAAAUCAAUAUGUUAAAAAUCAA